UCUUUGUACAGAAAAAAGAUUAUAUACUUUAAAUAAUCUGAUUGUCUACUUUGUGUCCAUGUCAUAGACUUGGCAAGACAUGCGAAGUUCCAUUAAAGCCAAAAAUAUUUUGAUCAAGAAUCAUGCAAAAGCAACUGGUGGAGGGCCUGCGUCAAGUCAGGUUUUAACAGAAAUGGAUCAAAAUGUCAAUCCUGCCAAUUAUGGGUACAACAGUCAUGGGAGGACAUAAGACAGUACAAGAAUCCAAUGUGCAAAUUGAAUGGAUAGAUGAUUCAAUUGUAUGUGAAAUCAAUGAUGAUGAAAAUAGGGACAAUUUUCCCAUAAAAUACAAAAGUCAAGAGAUAACGCAGCAAUCUGUGUCACAACAAUCAUUAUCUUCUCAAGAUUAUUACAGUAUAUUGGAAGAAAACUCACCAGAAGAAAACUUAAACAAUGAUAAUGGCAAUAACAAUAGGAAAUCUUUAAAAAAAAUGGAAACAACUGCACUAUAAACACCAAUUAGUGUAGUCAACAACAUAUCAGAUAUUUCUGUAACACCAGCUUCAAAAUCGAGUGGCAUACAAAGAGGUGUUAAAAGAAUUUCUGCUGCACAAAGAUAUGAUAAAUCAAUUGAACAAACUGAAAAGUUAGCGAAAAUUUCGCAGGAAGAUAGCGAGAUACGAAAAUCGUAUUACAAAAUCGUAUUACACAAAAAUUAAAACUUUAUAAGAAGAAAAUAGCUCUGAAAGAAAAAGAUAUCGAAGAAAAUAUAUGCACAUUGCUGGAGCAAUUAGUAAAAAAAACAAUGAAAGAGUUACAGAUAUAAGAUAUAGGCUGUGAAAAUGAUAUUAGUCUAUUCACAAAGAAAUAAAUAUUCCUAUAAGCUGUUGAUGUGUACAAAUUGUUACAUAAGUUAAAAAACUAAGAUAAGAAAUUUAUUUUAUGUUCAUUUUGUGUAUUUGCUAUUAUAAAGGAAAAACUUAAAGAUAAGACAUUUAUUUUAUGUUCAUUUUA